AUGCACGAAAGUACCAUUCAAGUUGAACAAAAUGAGAAUGCAUCUAUGUUUCAAGGUCGUGAACUUGGACAUAUUGUGCAUGUGGAAGAAACUAGAAAGGAACUUGAUGAAGACAUUUUCACAAGCAUAAUAGAGGAGUUUUUCUUAAGUCUUGAUGGCAAUUAUCCCAAAUCUGAAGUUGGUGAACAACAUGAUGAAGCAAGACGUGCAGCCAUAUUUUCACUUCAAUCACAUGAGGAAAAUCAUUCCACUCGGCAUGAGGUUGUGGUUGAGGAAUCAGUUGAUAAAGGCAUAAUAGGAAAGAAGAUCUUAGAGUUUGUCCUAUCAAGGGGAUGUCCUAUAAGACAUCUAGCUUGGUUGGAAGAUAACAAGAUGUCAAAAGUUACACUUGAGCUUGAGCAUGAGGACACAUAUGAACAUGGAAUCAAGCAUGCAUUUGUAGUUGAGCAGGAGCAAUCCAGAUUCAUUGAUCCAUUUUGGAGCAGCAGAGCUUCAGUUGGGGACUUCUUGCCUGCAGCACUAGAAGAAGCAAUGCGUGCUGCUUCCCUUCAUGUAGCAAUAUUUUCUCCCACCUAUGCUCAAUCGCCCUGGUGUCUUGCGGAGCUAUCAUUUAUACUCAAGACCGGUAAACCUAUUAUUCCCGUUUUCUAUGGUGUUCAGCCCACCGAUCUGCGAUGGGUGGAUCAAGGAAUGUAUGCCCAAGCCUUUUCUAAGCAUCAAGAAAAGGGUAGAUACAGUGAACAAAAGAUCAAGGAGUGGAGCAAGGCACUCCGCAAGGUCUCAUAUUACAAGGGUGAAGUCAUCAAUAACAAUGAUGUGGAGCAAGAGAAGUUGAAGAAUAUUGUGAAUCGUGUAUUGAAAGAAAUUGAAGUGGUACCGUUAAUUGUAGCAAAACAUCCUAUGGGUCUUGAAGAAGCUGUGAUAGAUUUUGAAAAAACUGUACGUGAAUCUGGUAUGCCUCAAAUUGUGGGAAUUUGGGGCAUGGGAGGUUCCGGUAAAACAACUCUUGCAAAAGAACUAUAUAACCAAAAACGCUCAUAUGUAGAUGGUUCAAGUUUUGUCUUUGAUAUUAGAGAUGCUGCGUCAAAAAAGGAAUUGCAUAAAAAGCAAAAAUAUUUAUUAAAAGACCUGGGUGUCAAAAACAUACCACCUUUUGACAAUAUAGAAAAAGGCAAGGAGAUCCUUUCAAACCGUUUGGGAAAUAGUCGUGUACUUAUCAUUUUGGAUGAUGUAGAUCAUAUAGAUCAACUAGAUGCUCUAUUGCCUAUAAAGGAUAACCUUGCAUUAGGUAGUUUAAUCAUUGUUACAACACGAGAACGAGAUGUCCUUACCUAUUGGAACAUCUCUUCCAUUUACAAAAUGAAAACAAUGAAAUAUUUUUAUGCCAAACAACUUUUUUGUUGGCAUGCAUUUUUACAACCCUUUCCAAAAUUAGGAUUUGAGAAACUUGUUGAAAAAUUUACAAGUGCUUGUAAUGGGCUACCUUUAUCUUUGAAAGUACUUGGAGGUCAGCUUUAUUACUACUCUAACAAAGAUUUAUGGGAAGAUCUAUUAUUGAAAAUCUCAAAAAUAUUGCCUGAAGACAUCAAAAAUAGAUUGAGAGUGAGCUAUGAUUCUUUAGAUGAAGAAGAGAAACAAAUAUUCUUGGAUGUGGCUUGUUUUUUUAUUGGAGAAGACCACAAGAAAACUAUUGCAAUUUGGGAGGGAUCUGGUUGGAGUGGUUUACACAGUUGGGAGAGGCUUGUAAACAAAUGUUUUGUUGAUCUCGACAGUAAUAAUCAAAUAAGAAUGCAUGGCCAUUUCAGAGAUUUAGGAAGGGAAAUUGCAAAUACUCAACUACCCUGCCGUCUAUGGUCCAGAGAUCAGAUUACAGGCAUUCAGACACAAGAGGAGGAAAAAGUCCAGAUCCGAGGAAUGAUCUUGAAUGCAGCAAAUAAUGGUGUGCAGGAAUUUCCUGGUUUCCUCUUAAAUACAAGAAGACUUUCCCUUCCUGAAUUUAAAAUAUUUGUGGUUAAGGGGAAUUAUGGGGACAACUUACCCAUUGCCGAAUUUUCAACAAAUUUGGCAUGGCUUAGCUGUACUGGAACUGCUGAUAGAAAUCUCCCACUGAAAAUGGAAAAUUUAAGAGUUUUAGAAUUAUACAAAUCCAGGCAGUUAGUAGGCUUGUGGAAGGAUGUGCUGGAAGCUCCAAUGCAGUUAAGAGUGUUGAUUGUUUCUGAUUGCCCUAAAUUGGGAAGAAUUCCAAAAUCCAUAGAAUGCCUCAAGAAGUUGAAACAGAUGUCCCUGUGUGGGUGCAAAAAUGUUAAGGGACUGCCAGAGGAAUUUUGCCGUCUUGAAUUGUUGGAGCAUCUGCAGUUAAAACACUGUGAAAAGCUAUCAUCACUGCCUAGCUGCUUUGGUGAAUUGAUAAACCUUCGACAUCUAGAUUUGAGUUAUUCUUAUAAACUGAGAAGGUUGCCAGAUUCUUUUAAAAAGAUGAAGUUGCUGCAACAUCUUAAUUUAAGUUGGUGUAAAAGGCUUGUCUUACAGCCAGACAUCCUGGAGAAAAUGACAAAGCUCGAGUAUUUGAAUUUUUCAAAUUGCUUCAAAUUGAGAAAUUUGCCUGGUCACAUCACAAAGCAACCUGCCUUGAGAGAGCUCUAUUCAGAGAAAACCUACUUAAGGGAGCUCCCAAUGGACAUUGGUCAACUGAGCAAUUUGAGAGUUCUAAAGAUUGGUUCACAUUUCAAAAUCCAAGCUUUACCGGAGUCUAUGGGGAAUCUCAAUCAUUUAGAGCACUUAGCAUUGGACUCUUUAAAGGCUCAGUCUUUACCAAUAUCAUUUACACGACUGAUCAAUCUUCAAACUCUGGAAAUUAGCAGUGCCCAAUCAGAAAAUUGGAUUGUGAGCAGGGGCAAUUUACCUCGUUGUCCAAGGUAG